GGGCUAAUGUUUCCGAGCUUCAUUUAGCUAAUAGACUUGAUCGUGAUACAAGUGGUGUGAUGUUGAUUACUAAGUUGCACAAAGUAGCAGCCAAGUUUGUAAAAGCAUUUACAGACCAUAAGGUGCGGAAAACAUACCUGGCUUUCUGUGUUGGGCUUGCUCCAAAAUGGGAAAAAAUAACUGUUAAAUCAGGUCAUGGCCGAUCAAAAUAUGGAGCUUGGCGUGUUUAUGCUGCAUCAGAUGUGGGCAGGAAACUGCCAGGUGGAUCACUUGUUAAACACAUGGAGACCUCUUUCGAAGUAUUAUCAGUGAACAGUGGGUGUUUGAAAGAGGUUUCGGACUUACAAAAGGAUGAAGCUGUAGUCAUAGUUCAAGAGAAAUCAGCCAUUGGUUGUGACUUGAAGAACGAUGAGAUUUUGGUCAGGGCAAGCCCUCAAAGCGGAAGAACACAUCAAAUUCGCUUGCAUUGCCAGUAUCUUGGAAUUCCUAUACGAGGAGAUGUAAGAUAUGAAGGUGUCUAUGAUUGGAAAGGCAGCAGAUAUGAUGGCCAUGAUCUUCAUGCAGAAAGUUUAUCUUUUGAGCAUCCUAUUACUGGGAAACCAAUCCUGCUUCAGGCACCUCCACCUUCGUGGGCUAUUCAACCUUUAAGGUCUCAGUUCGAGUAAUGAUUGAGCUUGCAGUUUGAAAGCAUUUUGUGCUCUCUUAAACAAAUGAGUUGGAGCAAGAGAGUUAAGUUCAUAGUGAUUAUAUGAACUUAAUUUAUGCAGAGCUUUUGGGGAGAUGUUCUUUUUGACUUUGGUAGUGACCUCAAAGGCAAAUGGCAGUACGCUGGCAUCACUUUGCAAGGGAUGGAGUUGCAGAAAAGAAAGGGUGUUUAAGUGGUGAGGCGGUUGCCAGUUGGUCAAUUCUCACUAUUUUUUGUUCAUGUUUUAGGUUUCUGAUCUUCCUUAACAGCCUAAGCUUUGCCCUGGUCUGUCCAUGCGAAAAAGGGUUGACAAGGAUUAGUAGACGAAUGCAGAAACUGCUGGAGAGUAAAUAUAAAAAUUAGUUAUUCGCAUAUGAUGUUUGUAUCAAACUAAGCAUACUUUAAAGAAUAAGUUAAAGUGAGAAUAUAUAUCAUUUAACCGAGAUUUGACUUCUAAUUUCUAUCUUAUGAUGUAAUUUGCUGCUA